UGUAUGUGAACAGACAGAAAAUAGAAGUUAUCGCUUAUUGGCUAAAUCCAAAAGACUGCAAAGGAAAAUAAGGCAACAUAUUAACCAAAAAGAAAUGAAGAAUGUUUCAGUCAAUACAAUUGCUAAAAUGGAUCCUCCCAGUCCAAAAUAUAGCAAGUGUCAUGCUGCAGAGACAAAGAAGUGUUUAGGCAGCAAUCCUGAUGACUGUUCAUAUUUGUUUUAUAAUUUUCAAAAUGGUAGAAUCUUUGAUGGAAAUUUUUUGAUAAUGGUUCUGGUUAUGGAAGAAGAAAACUUUGAUGAAGUACCUCGUUAUAUACGUAUAGGAAACACCAGGAAUUUUGAUAGGGAUAGCGGAAACCAGAGACUAGCAGAAACUCAGAACCCAGGAGAUAUUGUCUCCACAGUUGACUUAAAUCUUCAUCGUAGGAAUAGCUUGAGAUCAUUAGUAGAAAGUAGUGGUUUUAAUUCUUUAUCACUCCGUUAUGAUGACCAUGAUGAUAGUUCUGGUAUUGGAAAUGCUAGUGUGCAACAUUCAGUUUUACAAAACAGAGAAUUUUCAAUGUCGUUUGCAUCUGGACAACCUUUAAGGAAUACCUUGUCAUCUGGGUACCAGUCAGGCAGAAGGAUGCAUUUCUCAUCAGGCCACCAUUCAUUUUCCCUGGGAUCAAGAAUUAGCGAAAUCAAUGAAGAACCAAAUUCUAACAUUAACCACACAAGUCUAAACUUAGAAGUCAAUGGCAUUGAUAUUUCAGAAAAUAAUGUGCUUCAACAAGGUGCAUUGGACUUGUCAAAUCAUCAAGUAUCUACAAAUGUUAUAUCAACAGGAACAAGAGACUUUGGUGGAGAAAAUAUUCAGUCAGAAACAAGUACUAUCACAAUACAUAAUACAGAAAGCAAGACAAGAUCAGAUGACCACUCUGAUUUGUCAGCAAAUACUCCCUCACAGUGCUCUAGAAAUACCAGUUUGAAUCCAACACCUUUGAUGAGUUCUGAAUUACAAACUCCCUGGCAGUGCCCUAGGAAUACAAAUUUGAAUCCAGCACCUUUAAUGAACUCUGAAUUACAAACUCCCUGGCAGUGCCCUAGGAAUACAAAUUUGAAUCCAGCACCUUUAAUGAACUCUGAAUUACAAACUCCCUGGCAGUGCCCUAGGAAUACAAAUUUGAAUCCAGCACCUUUAAUGAACUCUGAAUUACAAACUCCAUGGCAGUGCCCUAGGAAUACAAGUUUUAAUCCAGCACCUUUAAUGAACUCUGAAUUACAAACUCCCUGGCAGUGCCCUAGGACUACCAAUUUGUCUCCAGCACCUUUAAUGAACUCUGAAUUAAAAACUCCCUGGCAGUGCCCUAGGAAUACCAAUUUGUCUCCAGCACCUUUAAUGAACUCUGAAUUACAAACUCCCUGGCAGUGCCCUAGGAAUACAAGUUUGAAUCCAGCACCUUUAAUGAACUCUGAAUUACAAACUCCCUGGCAGUGCCCUAGGAAUACAAAUUUGAAUCCAGCACCUUUAAUGAACUCUGAAUUACAAACUCCAUGGCAGUGCCCUAGGAAUACAAGUUUGAAUCCAGCACCUUUAAUGAACUCUGAAUUACAAACUCCCUGGCAGUGCCCUAGGACUACCAAUUUGUCUCCAGCACCUUUAAUGAACUCUGAAAAACAAACUCCCUGGCAGUGCCCUAGGAAUACCAAUUUGUCUCCAGCACCUUUAAUGAACUCUGAAAAACAAACUCCCUGGCAGUGCCCUAGGAUAACAAUUUUGAAUCCAGCACCUUUAAUGAACUCUGAAUUACAAACUCCAUGGCAGUGCCCUAGAAAUACCAAUUUGUCUCCAGCACCUUUGAUGAACUCUGAAUUACAAACUCCCUGGCAGUGCCCUAGGAAUACCAAUUUGUCUCCAGCACCUUUAAUGAACUCUGAAAAACAAACUCCCUGGCAGUGCCCUAGGACUACCAAUUUGUCUCCAGCAACUUUGAUGAACCCUGAAGUACAUACUCCCUGGCAAUGCCCUAGGAAUACAAGUUUGAAUCCAGUGAGCCCAUUUGAGAAGAACUGUGUUCCAUCUGUUGAAAGCAGAAGUCAACAGCUGGCAGCAUCUGUCACUUCUAAUAAAGAAAAUAUCCCUGCUGAUGCUCCUUUUGCUGCAAAUAUUCAAACUAAUGAACCAGAAAUCCAAUUGAACCUUAAUGGAGCUCAAUUCAAUUCACACAGACAAUUUAUAAGGAGAAAUGACAUAAUGGGAGAGAAUCCAGAUUAUGCAAAUGAAGACAAAUUUGUUUUACCAGAUAUAGAUGAUAUAGAUGAGGACCACAUUUUUGGUGAUGGAUCAACAGACUCACAAGAAUUGAAUGAUCAUGUAGGAACAGAGGAGGAUGAUGAAAACCAAAGAGAAGAAGACAGCUGUUCUUAUGACUCAGAAAAUCAAAAUCCUGGAAAAGACCCUGACUACGAAAUAUAGUAAAUCUUUACUGAUGAGGCCAUUAUACACAAUACAAUAAUUAUAGAUCCUAUAGACAGUGAUAUCAGUCUUGAAGGAAUCUUUUAUUAGUAGACACCAGGAUAGAUUUGACAUAAAACCACUGAAAAUGUCAAUUGACUUAAAUGGUGUUAUAGUUUGUGAGCAAAUAUCUUGUCGCAGUAUUUUUUAUAAAUGUCAUCAGAUAAAAUUAUUGCUCAACAGGCCUCAUCAGUGUUAUUGGAACUUAUAAGAAACAAAUUAAAACUUGUAUGUACCAUACCUGCCAACAUUUAAAUUACCCAUGGGGGUACUAGCAUGCAAGAUGGCUGUCACAGGGGACCUUCAAAUACAUUGUUAUUUGGCUUCUUCAUACUUUUACAAGGCUGUAGUCAUUGUAAAAAUAAUUGUUUUGUUUAAAAUUGUGGACAAAAUUGCGCCUUCAAAAUUUAAAUGACGGAGCCUCCAUGGGGGAAAUCCCCAAUUAAUUGUGACAGUUUGCAGGUAUGAUGUAUACUUGUGAUGAAUAUUUGAUAUAUUGGUUACUUUGAAUGAAAUACCUAGUUUACCAACAACUUUUCUGAAAAGUAGUUAUUUUUUUUAACAAUUAUCAUUUUUUAAAAUAGAAAAUGACUCACAUUUAUCAUUUGUGUAAAUAUAUAAUUAAGUUCUUAGUGCCAGUGGUCCCUGCUUUCCAUUGCUGUUUUUUCAAAUGUGAUAAUUAUCUAAAACUGUCUAAAGAAAAAUCAUCAAAUCUCCAAAAUCAAAAACAUUGUUGAUACUUAAAUUUCAAUUCGAUCAUAAUAGCUAGAAAGCAGAAAAUGAAUUUGAGAGAUGGUACAUUAACGUUCGGGUACUCUUUUACUUAUAUGUUCAAUUUUAGAUAUUCACUUACAAUUUUAAUGUUUUUAAAAGCAGUAUUUUACAUCAACCCAUAGUUGCCUUCUCUGGGUUCCAUGCAUGUUUUUAGAUGGAACAGCUUCAUUGACAUUUGUGUCUUAGUCUUUAUUUUGUAGAUAUAAUUUAUAUAUGGUUCUUCUUUUUUUUUUGUGUAAGUGGAUUUGUACAAAUAUUUAAGACAGUUUUGUUGUGUCUUAUUGUUGUUCUUGUUUUAAAUCAGAUUUAUAUUUUUGAUAUUUUCUUGCUUUUCUGUUAUUUGAUUUGUACAAUCUUUAAUAAAUAAACAUGUAUUUAAUUUUUCUACCAACCAAUAAAUUUACAGAGGUAGGCUUAUCUUGUUUUUGAGUUGUUAUCAGAUAUUCUGUUUUUAUCCAUGUAGUGCCAUUUAAAUUCCUACAUAUGAUUUUAAAAGCCAUUUUUGAAAACCAUACUGAAUCUUUUUUUUUCUCAAAAAAUUUGAAAGAAUGUUAGUAUGAAAAUCUAAAAGAGAGUCAUUUCUGUCAAAUUUUCAAUGGCUUAUAUCUAUAAAAAAAAAACAGGCAUUUUUUUGUUCAGUUUUAUCUCCAAUAUUUAUAUAUACAUACUUUAAAAAGCUGUUAACUUAAUUUGAUUUUUUUUAAUGUUGAAAUAGAGCAACCAAGUAGUCCCUCUAAUACUGAUAUCUUAAGAUCUUAAUACAACUUAUUAGAAAACUUUACUCAUAGCUUAAACAAAUGCAGUAUGUUGAAAACACUAAAUGCCUUUAUAAGGUAUUACUGUUGCUUGUACUAUUUGUUUAAUGGUGAUGAAUUCUCAAUAAUAAGGGACUAUAUAGCUGUCAAAUAUUCAUAAUCUUUUAUUUGUUUAUAAAAUUUAAUCAUAUUCAAAGACUUUGUGAUGUAUAUUUAGUUUGACAAUGAAUGUAUGACACUAAAAAAGAACAAUCAUCUGGGUUAUCAGACUAUCCUUUGUGUUUAACUCUUAAAUGUAAUUGUGAAGGUUAAAAUAUUUUGAUUUGUAUAUAUACACUUAUAUUUAUUUUUAUUAGAUUAAUGAUAUCAUAGAUUGAUUGAUUUAUGUCUCAUUGAUGUUCAUAUACCCUAUUAUAUAUUGUUGUAAAUAUUGCUAAUGAAGAUUUAUUUGUAUAAAAAGAUAACGGUACCAAUUUAUUUAACCAAUUUUGGAAAUGUAUCUGUAAGUUUAGAACUUCAUGCAAAUAUUAAAUACUCUAAACCCAUGAAAUCCAUCCAUAAUAUAAUGUUUUUAAGCCAUAAACUUCUGACUUAAAAAAUACUGAGCUGUAUGUUGAAAGUGUUCUAAUUUUUUUCAAACUUGUGUUAGAGAAAAAGUGAUUGAUAAAAAUGGCCUCGUUACACAAUAUAUUGUAGCCAGCUUUGUGAAAUAUGGCUUCAUAGCCUACAAAUUUAUCUGCUAAUACCAUAUCUAAGUGUAAAAGAAUUGAAUAAAUGCAACAUAGAUAAACAAACAUUUUUCUUUCAGUUAAAUAUAUUUAUCCUUAAAAAAGAGUUUCACAGUUGUGUUUUUUAGCAUAACUGUACAUGUUUGUCAAAAGAUUUUUAUUCAAGUUAUUUGCUUUGAAUUUGAAAGAUAUGAAGACUUGUAUAACUUUGAAAAUCUGUGUUCCCCUGUAAGCAAUGUUUACUAGAACACAGAAGUACUCUGGGUGAAUAAUUUUUCAGUUUGUUGUCAGUUUGUUUUAGAUUUAUGAGUUUGACUGUCCCUUUGGUAUCUUUCGUCACUCUUUUACACAUAGAAAUAAAAGGAACUUUUAGGAAACAGGCAAAUUUUUUAAAUUUAUUCAAAUAGUACAAUGUGUGAAUUUAUUGUUACUUCAUACUCUUUUAUGUGUAUGUCCCCUGAAUCUUAUUUGAACAAUUAAGGUAUAUCUAAAAUGUGUCUGUUAAAUCCCUGUUUUUGAUGUCUGUUUCCUGUCUCUGAUGUACUCCUGACGUCUUGCAUUCAUGUUUGGGAUGAGAAAUGUAUCUAACUUAUCAACUGUUAUUAAUCAUAUCAUUUCCAAAUGUAUAUUUGACAUGUUUACCUAUUAUGUCUGUUUUAUUUGUGCACACAUAUCGAUGUCCAUAUAAUAGAAUUCGAUGCGACUGUCAUACAAGUGAGAAUUUUAGCUAGUUAUAAAAUCAUGUCCAAUCUACAGAAGAAAAUGCCUGUACUCAGUCAGGAAUAUGACAGUUGUUAUCUAUUCAUUUGAUGUGUUUGAGAAUUUGAUUUUGCCAUUUG